AUGGAAGGUAACUGGGUAGCCAGUGUCAAUAUUUACCUGUUUUGGCGAUCAGCCUACGGCCUAAGUUGUCAAGUGCUGUCAUUCUGUGUUUGCAACUGUGGCACAGCUACACUAAACGUCAAGGCCGACGUCGUCUUCACUCGAGAACGGUGCGAUCGGUCCCAGUUCGGUCUUCAGCCGCUUAGAGGAGAACCGUCGCGCUACCGACAAUGUGGCCCGAAUGGACGAGUCUGGAUUGUCCCAUGUAUGCCUGGGGCUCUCUUUAAUCCACUGAUUAAGGCGCGGCGUCGAACGCAGGAGGCAAUACCGAUCACUGAAGAAUUCAUCUUUUCGACUCGACGGCCAAAACGGCCGCGUCCCAAGACGAAAGGGCGUACCUUAACUUCUGCCGUAUCCACAACUGUACCUCCUACUCCGGCUACUUCCCCUUCUAUCAGCUCUGAAAAUCCAUCUGUGAGCUAUACGAUGACUACGGCAGUUCCGCCUUCAUCACUUACACCGAGAGAGGCCAAUCCUUGGUCAUACAGUCCAGCAUUCACGCCUCCGACUCGCAAUAUUGCAACAUUUGCCACCGCUCCGCUUGUACAUCCGACUUUAUGGCCAAUAAGGGAAGUAGCAUUGAGUCAGCAAACCCUGAGUCAACAAUCCCAAUAUGCAUACCCUGAUAUGGUCGGUCCAAUACCCAUUAGCGAAUCGCACUUGACCGGGAGUUAUCCGACAAGCCAUGGUACCACUGGCCAGGAAAGAACUCACCCUGAACUAGUAUCGAAGGGUGUACCAGUUAUUGAGCAAACCGGUAACUACCCAACGAAUGAGCAGGAUUUCUUGAGAGGUUUACUACGACUGGUCAAGUCUCAUCAGGUGGCUAUCGAUGGCAUCAGAGAGGAGCCCAGCAGAAUACCUGUAGAGAUGCUAAGGGGCAGUAGUCCUGAGAGGAAUAGCAAUUUUAUAGAUUAUCAGACAAACGCACACCAUUCAAAUGAACUCCAAAAUCGUAUCGAAAUCGACAGGGAACGAUUAGAUAAGCAGCGACAGAAGGAAUUAUUACAACAGAUAGAAAAGCGAAGAGAGAAAGAGAGAAAUGAGCAACAAGAAAUAGCUCGACAGGCCGAAGAGAAUCUAAGGAAAGAAAGGCAAGAAUGGGAGAGACAGCAAGAAAAGAUAAGACAGAUCGAGGAGAAACAUAAAAAGGAGAGAGAACUGAAGAGACAGCAGCAGAUGGCUCGACAGAUCGAAGAGAGGCGGAAAAAGGAGUAUGAAGAAAAACAGCGGCAAAUACAGGAAGCUGAACAAAAGGAGAAGAAUGAGAGAAAGGAAAGGCAAAGACAGUUAGAACUGGCACGACUGGCUGAAGAGGCUCAAAGGAAGGAGAGAGAAGAAAGGAAGAAGCAACAGGAAAUAGCUCGCGAAAUGGAGGAGAGGGAACGGAAGGAAAAGGAAGAAUAUGAAAGACAGAGGCAAGUUGCUCGUGAAAUCGAAGAGAGGCGAAAGAUUGAAUUAAAGGAGGUGGAGAGACAGCGGCAACUUGUACAGCAAUUUGAAGAGAGGAAGAAGAAUGAGAGAAAAGAAAAACAGAGGCAAAUGGAGUUAGCUCGACUACUUGAAGAGGAUAGAAAGAAAGAGAUGGAAGAAAAGAAGAGACAACAGGAGGCAGCUCGUCAAAUAGAGGAGAGGAAAAGAAAGGAAAAAGAGGAGCAAGAAAGGCAACAGCAAUUGGCACGACAGAUCGAGGAGAGACAAAAGAAGGCAAAAGAAGAACAGGAUAGGUUGCAGAAAGUAUACAUACAGAUCGAGGAAAAGAAAAAGAAAGAGAAGGAAGAAAGAGAAGAGUUACAAAAACUAGCCCAACAGAUUGAAGAGAGACAAAAGCAGGAGAGAGAAGAACAAGAAAGGCAGCAGCGAUUGGAAAAGAAGCAGAAAAAGGAGAAAGAGGAGCAGGAGAGACGGAGACAGAAGGAACUGGAAGAGCAGGAAACCCUGAGGAACCAAGAGCAAAAGCGUCUUGAGGCAGAGCGGAUCAGACAUGAAGAAGAAUGGAGACGAAUGGAAAAACUAACACGAGUUGAAGACCGAAACGGAGUAGCAGAGUCAGUACAUGAAGCUGGUAACAUUGGAUAUCAUUCAAAUAUUGUUUCUUCGAACGCUGUCGUGCCAGAAAGGAUGAACUCUUUUGACAUGUUGACAUCGGCUGUCGAAUCAAAUAGAAUCGCCUUUUUCACAUCCAAGCCUCCCACGACUUCUUCGCCGGUGCUUGAAUGGGUAGCAAGUCCAAAUUCUUGGCGCCCGUCACCAGAUCCAACUUUGAAUCAGCCUAAAUGGAUUCAAACUACAACAACGGAACCGCCCUCAAAAGUAAUUCCUGGAUGUGAUCUGAGCGAAGACUGUCAUUUUAGCUAUGAGCAGGAUCUGCUAUGUGCUCAUCCCAAUGACCCUUCACGGUAUCUACAAUGCACGCCUAUGAUUGGACGACGAGGCAGAUGGAUGGAGAGGAACUGCCCACCGUCUUUGGUUUUCAUUCAGUCUUAUGCAGCUUGUGGAACGGAUGUGAUGGAUGUCUCUACGCCUCCCUAUGGUUGGCGAUACACAGCUGUAAUUCCGCGUCUACCAACCGAAACGGAAAUCGUUCGAUGGCAAGGAAAUCGAGAACUGCCGAAGUCGAUGGGAGUUCCACCCUCAACCUUCUUUGCAACACCACCACCGAAUUCGAUUUACGAAACGAUCCAAUCAUUUCCUGAAGGCCUCCAUCCAUUUAGCCGAAAUACGGAUCCUGCAGCGGAUUAUGAGAGUGAUAACAUAGACACAAUGGUUGAUCCACCGUUCCCUCGUGUUCAACCAUACUUCCUUUCGCCAUUCAGUAAACAGAGAGACGGUUCCGCGGAAACCGAUUUCAUGGGUGGUUUUGUGAAACCUAUGAUUAAGAAGAUUGCAAUGGACCAAGCCGAAACCUUCCUAGAUCAGAUUCUCUCCGACCAGGUAAUCAAAGACGAUAAUGUCGUCACUCUUCAAAAACCACAAAGUUUGUCUGAAGACGGUUAG